AUUUUCAAGGAUUUCGUCUGAAUUUAGCCAAAUAACAACUAGGAAGCCCUUGUGGAGCAUUAGUGUGGUUUACAACAACGCCAGGAAUUCAUAGGAAGAAACAUGGGAGGUGGAGACUUGAACCUGAAGAAGAGCUGGCACCCUCAGACCCUGCGAAACAUCGAGCGAGUCUGGAAGGCCGAACAAAAGCACGAAGAUGAGCGCCGUAAGAUCGAGCAACUCCAGAACGAACUCAGGGAGGAGAAAGCUCGGGAGGACAUGCAACUGUUCGCUGAAGAACAGGGAGCCGUUAGGAAGAAAGAUGACCGUUUGAACUGGAUGUACCAGGGCCAGCCUGAAGUGAACCGUGAUGACUACCUUCUGGGGAAGCCCAUCGACAAGGCCAUUCAGGAGGCCACCGCGGGGAAGUCUGAGGACUCUGGGCUGGCCGAUAACGUGCCCGGCGCAACCUUCAGCCAAUCAAACGUCAACUCAGCUGUGGACAUGGCAGCCAAGAUUCGCGAAGACCCACUCUUUGCUAUCAAACAACGUGAGCAGCAAAGCAAGAAGGAUCUCCUGAACAAUCCUGUCAAGAUGAAGCAGCUCCAACAAAUGCUGAAAGUGACUUUGGACAAGAAGGACAAGAAAAAGAAGAAGAAAGACAAGAAGAAGAAGCACAAGAAGCAUAAGCGGUCCAGCAGCAGUGACAGUGAUGAGGGGGCGGGGAGGGGCGUCAACGGACAUGCCGCCAGCAAGGCACACAGGUCAAGGUCACGGAGCAGGUCACCACCAGCUGCAAAGGUCAAACACAGGUCAAAGGUCAGGAGGUCAAGAAGUCUUUCCCAGUCUCCUCAGAGGUCAGGUAACAGACACAAGGCCAGUUUUGAGUCUUAUAAAGAGCGAAGGAGGUCUCGGACUCCCUCCCCCUCAAGGUCAAGGGUGAGGAGAAGGUCAAGGACACCAUCUCCAAGGUCAAAAGUCAGUAGACACAGGAAGAGCGAAAGCAGGUCUCCAAAUAAAGCCAGACGGUAUCAGUCUAGGUCACCAGUGAGGUCAAGGUCACCUGUGAGAAGAAAGUCAAGGUCACCCAUCAGGAAGAAGUCACAAUCACCAGUAAGGAGAUCUCCUCGAAGGAAGAGAUCCACGUCAAGAAGUGUUUCACCUCCAAGAAGAAACGGACCCCCAGUCAAGAAAGGAGGGACUGCCAAGAGGAAGCUUGAUCCAGAAGAACUGGAGCGGCGCCGUCGGGAAAUGAUGCAGGAUGCCAAGACACGAGACGAUGAACGGUCACAGCGCGUACAGAAGUACAAGGAGGAAGCAGCGAAGGAGAGAGAAGAGGACGACAAAUUCCGGGGGAAAGAGAGAGCAUUCCAUGGAUUGCUCACACAUACUGCGGCUACAGUUGAGGACAGAAUCAAGAGGAAGGUCCACUCACUGCAGAGAACUGAAGCUUCCAAGGAAAAGUUCUUCAACAGAUGAAAACUUCUUGUUCUUACCUCAAUACAUCAUAAAAACCCUUGUAUAAUAUUGGGACCAGGCAAAUUGACACAUUUUUCAGUAACCAUUGGAAUUAUCUACUUUUUAUGUCAUACCAUAAGACCAUGUCCAUGUGUAUAAUGUGCUACUACUGAAAACUUCUUUGAUUUAACAAUUGCUCACUGUAGCUCUGCAUAUUUUUUAUCUGCUGUAAAAGAACAUGCAUGUACAUACAUGAAAGAUAUGUUUCAACAGGCGUAAGUGUAACUGUGUGAUCAUUUUCCCAUAAUUUGUAAUUACAUGUUUACUAUAAGAAUGGAAAUGGUGGUUGUACAGAAUAGGUCAAUUAACUUCACAUUGAAAAGUGCAGAAGACACAACCUUUCUAUUUACUUUUUAAAGCACAUUUGUUUGAUUAUUGUUUGUCUUAUAUACCUUUUGUAAAUAUUUUUGAUCAAUGUUUUUUUUAGGCACAAACAUUUUGUAAUCAUGAUGAUCUGACAUAUUGUAGGCACAGAUUUUCCAUCUUUUUAUUGUAUGUCAGUAUGACCUUACUCUAGGUGUUGUGUGCUUUCAUGCAGAUAAAGUACACUCCGUAAACAAACCCCACUUCACUGAAUCAGUGUCAAACUAUUGACUGCUUUUACCUAGUAACGUUAUUAUUACUGAACUGGUAGCUUUCUUUCUGAAAAACUGUAACUAUUGGGGCCUAAUAUAGUAGAGCGCGAUGUGGCUCCAUCUAUUUAAUCACCGUGAUAGUAUGAAAGCGUCUACGAACGAAGAUGGACAU